AUGGAAUCUGCAACAAGCCGUCUUGGUGAAUUGGAGAAGUCCUACAGUGACCUGGCGCAGUCGCUUCACCGUCCCACCAAUGUGAGAUACACGGUGCUUUGGGACUUGGGUGCACUACUCCACACCCUUUACACAUGCUUUCCCCAAGGUUGCGACGACUCAUCGUCCAUCAUUCAAUCGUUAAGGAGUUUCUUUCAGAAAAAGCCGCCGAAGCCAUGUGCCUCCAUGAUGCGGAAGGAACUAUGCCAGCUUCGUCAACAGGCCAACCGACAGCGCUGGAUCUGUUGGGAAAGUGAUGCAACAGGUCUCGAAGUUGAGGUUGCUAUGCUGAGUGGACGAUCUUGGAAAUUCAUCAUUGGCAACACGGCCAAGGGUGUGGAGGUCAAGGAACGACUGGCUGAAUUGUCAGGGAUUCACCAGACUGAGCUAUCUCUCGUUUGCAACGGCAGACAAAUCAGAGAUGACGAGGUGCUUCUGACAACUUGCUUCUCUGAACUUGCUGGCCCACCUCCGCAACUGCAGCUUCUUAGGAUAUUCAGGCCGUUCGCUUUGACUUGCAGCACAGACUGUACGCUGAAGAUGUGGGACAUGGAGCGAGCAGAGUGUGUGCAAACGCUGCGAGGUCAUGGAGAUGGUGUCAUGGCGGUCGCGGUCGAUUGGAAAUCGAGAUAUGCGGUAAGCGGCGCACAUGUUCGCUACCCAG